AUGGAGGCUUUUAAAGCUGGUCAACUGCCACGCCGGAAGUGUCCGAAAAUUCUCUUUUCUCUUUGCCCUCGCUUUCUCUCUAACCCCUCUCUCUUUUCUCUUUUAGUCUCUUUUUUCUUUACCCUUGCUUUCUCUCUAACCCCUCUCUCUUUUCUCUUUUAUCUCUUUUCUCUUUACCCUUGCUUUCUCUCUAACCCCUCUCUCUUUUCUCUUUUAGUCUCUUUUCUCUUUACCCUUGCUUUCUCUCUAACCCCCUCUCUCUUUUCUCUUUACCCUUGCUUUCUCUUUAAACUUCCUCUCUCUUUUCUCUUUUACAUGUCCUGCUUAUAUCUAUCUAUCUAUCUAUCUAUCUAUCUAUCUAUCUCAUUGUUUGUUUCUUUCUAUCUAUCUCAUUUCCGUUCAUAUCUAUCUAUCUAUCUUUCUAUCUAUCUAUCUCUCUAUCUGUCUAUUCAAAUCUAUUCAGAUCUAUUUCAAUCUGUUCAUAUCUAUUUCAGUAUGUCCUUAUCUAUCUAUCUAUCUAUCUAUCUAUCUAUCUAUCUCUUUAAUUUCAUAUCUAUCUCUUUAAUUUCAUAUCUAUCUAUUUAUCUAUCUAUCUAUUUCAGUUUUUCUUUGUUAUCUAUUUAUCCAUUUUUCUGUUCCUCCAUCCAUCUAUCGAUAUUUUAG